AACUUCGAACUCUCUAUGGCGCCAGCAACUGAGACAAAAGAAUUCCGUAUAUUUGUUGCGACAUGGAACGUGGGAGGAAAGUCACCCAACAAUGGCCUGAACCUCCAAGAUUUCUUGCAGGUGGAGGGGUCUUCCGACAUCUAUGUUUUAGGGUUUCAGGAAAUUGUUCCUUUGAGUGCCGGAAACGUUUUAGUGAUCGAGGACAAUGAACCAGCAGCAAAAUGGCUAGCCCUCAUAAGCCAAGCACUUAAUAAACCCCAAAAUGCGUCCUAUAAUAUGCAUUCUUCCUCCGAUUCAUCAGGCCAUGGUUCCAACAACUCAUUGAAUAACAACAAGGAAUCCAAGUCCCCAGGCAGUCUCAACAUCUUCCAGAAGCCUUCUCUCAAAGCUCUUAGCAAAAGCUUCAAGGCAAAUAGUAGCCUUCUCAAGUCUUGCAACUGCCCCGUGGAAUUUCCAUCUCACGAAAGGCGGCGAAUAAGAAAGCUCAGUGAUCCUACUAGUAAAUUAGGCUCAAUUUCUCCUCGGCUUACUUCUGGAAGCGACACUAGUGUAGAUGAAUUUCUUGCAAUUGCUGGGAUUCAGUCCCCAUCUUCCUCAAGCGACAUGAAUUACCGCCUUAUAACAAGCAAGAAGAUGGUAGGUAUUUUCGUAUCGGUUUGGGUUCGAAAGGAGUUAGUACCUCACAUUGGCCAUCUCAGAGUCUCCACGGUUGGAAGAGGAAUAAUGGGCUGCCUCGGAAAUAAGGGAUGUAUAUCAAUAAGCAUGACAUUGCACCAAACGAGCUUUUGCUUCGUGUGCAGUCACUUGGCUUCCGGGGAGAAGGAAGGUGAUGAGCUGAAAAGGAAUGCCGACGUGAUUGAGAUCCUUAAAAGCGCACAAUUUCCCAAGGUUUGCAAGAAUCCAUACCGUCGCCCUUGCGAAAGAAUAACCGAUCAUGAAAGGAUAAUAUGGCUUGGAGAUUUGAAUUAUCGAGUGGCUUUGAGCUAUGAAGAAACAAGAGUUUUGUUGGAGGAUAAUGAUUGGGACACCCUUUUAGAAAAAGAUCAGUUGAAUAUGGAGAGAGAAGCUGGGAGGGUAUUUAAUGGGUUCAAGGAGGGACAAAUCUUCUUUGCCCCCACUUACAAGUACUCUCAUAACUCAGACUCUUACGCUGGAGAAACUACCAAGUCCAAGAAGAAACGACGAACCCCAGCAUGGUGCGAUCGGAUACUAUGGCGCGGGGAUGGCUUUGAGCAAUUAUCUUAUAUUCGCGGGGAGUCGAGAUUCUCCGAUCACAGACCCGUGUGUGCUGUGUUUUCAGUGGAAGUGAAUGUGCUUAGAAGCAAAAACAACAGAUUCAGAAAGGGUUACUCUUGUGCUGCUCCAAGACUGGAAUUUGACGAAUGCAUGCCUCAAAGACAUAGCUUCUAUGAGUACUAG